AUGCCUCCAAGGACAGGGCCAUUGGGUACCCCUGCAAGCAACAACAUGGAUAGGGGCGAACACGAAUACGGGGAAAACUCAGAUUCCUUGUCAAAUACUACUAAGGAUCCCAUUAAGGAUAAAGUUGAUGAAUUUUGCAAAGAUGCAAAGAUCAAGUUGGAAGAAAAGCAUAUAGUCAUCCUCACUGAAGUCAACUAUCUGGAAUGGAAGAGCUCUAUCCUUGCAGAUGCUCAUUUGAUUCAGGUAAAAGAUGUUCUCAACAAACAACAAACAGCACCUUCUACCACAGUUCCUCUGGAAAUUGAGCUUUGGAAUAAGAAAAAUGAACUUCUUUACAUAAGGAUCUUUCAAUCUUUGAAUGUAACUGUACGCGAUUCCCUAGGACCACUGGAUGAAAAUUUCUAUCUAGUAGCAACUAUAUGGAAGAAUCUUGCUUAG